AGGAGCGACGGGCUGCAGCCUGGGAGUGCGAAACCAGGGUUUGAGCUCUGGCAAUGGCGGCCGCAGCGGCAAAUGCAACUGCAACUGCGAGCGAGGACGGGCAGCGGCAGCCACCGGCUGAGCCAACCCCAGCCAUGAGGGUCGAUAGUUUGGAGGCAGAGGCCGGAGAGCUGGGAAGGCUGAAAGCCCAGCUCGGGGCAGCCCUGGCAGAGAUGGAGAACAUGAAGGCGGUGGCGGAGGUGAGUGAGAGCACCAAAGCCGAGGCUGUGGCUGAGGUCCAGAGGCAGUGCCGCGAGGAGGUGGCAUCCCUGCAGACCAUCCUCAAAGACUCCAUCAGUAGCUAUGAGGCUCGAAUCGCUUCUCUGGAGCAAGAGCGGAAACAGCAGCUGCAAGACCAGGAGGCAAGAGAGAGAGAGCUGAGCUGGCUGAAGCAGCUUCUUUCUCGUUCUCACCCUCUGGACUCCUUGGAGAAGCAGAUGGAAAAGGCUCAUGAGGAUUCAGAGAAACUUCGGGAGAUCGUGCUACCAAUGGAGCAGGAGAUUGCAGAACUGAAGGGGAAGCUCCUAAGGGCUGAGGAGCUGAUCCAGGAAAUCCAGGGAGGCCAGGCUCGUCCCCAUCCCCAGCACUCUUUACACGGCUCCACGGAGCUGCUCCCUCUGCCCCGGAACCCUUCACCUCCCCUGGAGCCACCAGAAGAUCUGAAUGUGGAUGGGGGUGCUGCCGCUGAGGUCUUUGCCCGAAACUGUGAUGACAGUGCUUCUAUCUCUUCCUUCUCGUUGGGAAGCGCUGGCAACAGUGCCUCCCUGCCCAGAGGACGACGGGGCAUGAGCCCUGAGCAGGAGGAGACUGCUUCCCUUGUGUCUACAGGGACCCUGGUUCCCGAAGGCAUUUACCUCCCUCCCCCAGGCUACCAGCUUGUGUCAGACCACCAGUGGGAGCAGCUGCAGCUGGAGGGACGGCAGCAGCAAGAGUCUCUUCAGCAGCUUCAGAGGCAGCUCGAGAGUGCCGGUCGAGAGCGGGAUGAGCUCCAGGAGGCCCUGAAGCGGAGCAGUGAAGACUGCGCCAAGCAGGUUCAGGUGUUGCUGGCUCAGGUGCAGAACUCAGAGCAGCUUCUACAGACCUUGCAGGGGACUGUGAGCCAGGCUCAAGAGAGGGCUCAGCAGCAAAUGGCAGAGCUGGCUGCCUCUCACAAGCGUGUCUGCUACGAAAUAAAGCGACUAAAUGAGGAGAACCAAGGACUUCGGUGCCGGCAACCCUUGUCUUUAGGUCCCCAAGCUCAAGAGCAAGACCAGGGAGAAGAGGAGGAGCUGCCGCUGCCCACAUCCACCCAGGAGCUACAGCAGUUGGUACGGAGCACCCGGCAAGAAGCCCGGGAAUGUCAGCGUGCCCAGGAACACGAAGCUGAGCGACUACGGAUAGAAAUUGUGACCCUGAGGGAGGCGUUGGAAGAGGAGACGGCCUCAAGGGCUGGUCUAGGGAGGGAGUUGAGGGUUCAGCGGGAGGAAACAGAGGUUUUGGAGGCCUCCCUGUGUAGCCUAAGGACAGAGAUGGAGCGGAUCCAGCAGGAGCAGAGCAAGCAGGCAGAGCAGCAGCUCCAGGCAUCCCAGAGGCAGCCACUCCCCACACCUGUCGGCUGGACGGAGGAGAAGGCUCAGCUCACAAACCUUCUCUCAGAACAAAGAGCCAAGGUGUUACGGCUUCAGGCUGAGCUGGAGACGAGUGAACAAGUACAGAGGGACUUUGUCCGGCUGUCCCAGGCCCUGCAGGUACGCCUGGAGAGGAUCCGCCAGGCAGAGACACUGGACCAGGUGCGAAAUAUUGUGGACGAGACGCCCCUCAGAGAUGUGAAAGACAUAAAGGACACCUGAACAUAUCAGGAAGCCAGCCAUUGAAACUUGCCAUCUCCCCUCCCUCUCACACAUCUCUGGGGAAAGAACCUGCCUUUUUAGACUCAGUAAAAUCAAGGAUUUCUGGGGUUUGGGGAUAGUGAAACAUGGCCUUCUACCCCCUCAGGAAAACUCAGUCCCCUUCCCCUGGGCCAGCAGCAGAGGGGCUCUGUCCCAUCUAGUUCUACCACCCCUCAUAGCCGGUAACUGGGCCUUUCUGCUCUCAGGGAUGACAACCAAGAGAGGGUCUUGACCCCUCCUCCCUCAGCCAAAGCCACAAGAGCAUGUCCUUGAAGCUCUUCCUACUAGGGCCCCCAGUCCACACUGCCCUUCAGCCAAGACUGACACUAAUUCAGCUUCUGAACCCCUUGGUCCCAUGGACUGUUCCCCCUCCCUCCACUCCCCUCCGCAGUGCCCUGGGGGUAACAGCAAAAACUCAGUACACAUAUAGGAUGCAUCCUGGCCACAGCUGCUUUCAUGUGUGCGUUACACUAAUGUGCUCUUCAGAGGUCAUAUAUGACUGAAUUGCUUUGUUCUCAUACAAGGAGGUCUAGGCCAGAGUUUACUCUCCUUUAAUGUCAAUAAAUUAGCAGCUCAGA